CUAAAAACAGAUGCGGGGGAGACCAAGGUCUUCACAAACAACGCAAAAGAGCGAACUUGAAUCUCCGCGCCAAGGGAUUAAAUAACGUAAUUCAGGCAACACGAAAUGAGGAAAAAUAAUAGAAAACACAGAGAGUAAGAUAGUUAUGGCGUGUGAAUGCCGCAAGGAAAGAAACGCUGUACGAAAAGACCCGACGCAAAACUGAGGAAGCAACUCUGUCAAGAACAUUAGACAAAUUUCAGGAGUCAAUCACAAUGAUGAUUUACAUUCAUGCCAAGAAGAACGUUACUAGCCUGUCACAAAAAGAGCGCGAAAAUGUGCAAAUCCGUCCGUUAUACAGCCGUCUGCAGAUCUUUCUACCCAGAACAGAAUAUGAAGUAACUGAUAGAUGACUUAAAAUGGAAGCAAAUUUGAGUCCAACACAGCAGUACCAAUGCAAAUAUGGACAUACUCAAGAUGUAUCUAUACAGGACAUCGAAGAGGAGUAUAAAUACACGGAAGAGCUAAGCAAAAGAUUAAGAGAAAUAUAUGCGCCAAUUGGAUUUAUACCCCUUGACAAAUAUUCUGCUUCAAUGAAGGUUGAAAGUAAAUGCAAAACGUGCCAGGCGUCAAUAGAUGUCAUCAUUGAGGUGAAUGGCACCCCGUUGUGGAAUUAUCAUUCAUAUGAAGAUUUUGAACUGUGGAUUGACAACUUCUCGGAUAUUCGUAUCCUCCAAGUUUUUCCUGCUGGUACAGACGUCGUUGGUUAUCAUCUAGACGAAUUUAUAGAAGAAUCAUCCUUAGAGCCUGAAUUUGAUUAUUUGCCUGAUAUCGAGGAUGUGCAAAAGACACAAGAAGAAGAGCAAUUUAUAAAUUUGAAUAUUAUCGUCCAAACAAGAAUGAAGAAGGGUUACUGUCAUUUGGGUUUUGAUUCUCAAAGUGGAAGAAUCCUCCGUCCCUUCUACCGGCCAAUAGAUGGCUCUUGCUGUUGGGACACACCUUUACAAAUUGACAAAACGUAUGUGUUUAGGAUACUCAGUUCUCCUAGAGAUGGUCCGAAGAGGUUAACGCCUCUUCCGCACAACAAUGAAGAUUUGCUGGUAGAUAAUCAAGCAAUAAAAAGAGAGUCAAAUGAAACCGCAAGUCCAGACAUCUUUCAACGUCUGAAAAAGCUCUCAAAAUCAUCGGUUGAAGAAAUUUUUGGUCCUGGAAUAAAAGAAAAUAAGUAUGUAGAUGAAGGUACCGACUGCCCUUCAGUGGGAGUUCUCGGCUGCAUGGGUAGUGAUCUUGAAAUGAUAAGAGAUCCCUUUGAAUAUAGAAAAAGGCGUGUAAAGAUCUCUGGAGGAUAUGAACCCCGAUUCACUGCUAUCGAUGCUGAACAUAUACCCGAGGACCUACCAGACAACCCUACUUUGGUCGUACUUGGUUUAGGACGGCCAUUUGCAGGAACAGGACAAAACCACUUUGACCCAAGAAGAUGUUACAUCUUAGUUUUGAGGAUUUUGCAAAAUCCCUGAGCUGGCUAAAAGGCUAAAACCCAAUUGGUGCUUUAUUAGCAAAGUUCAUAGCCACCCUAAAAGUAUUACUGAAAACUUCUUGAGGUUUUUAAACAUCUAUAAAAAGGGUAUAAUUUAUUAGAUAAAUUCAUUUGCUGUAAAGAUAUAUUCACAUGA